AUGACAGAAGCGCAGCCAGAGAACCGCGCCACAUUGGACGCCAAGACGAAGCUCGACGCUGCCGGCAGCUCCUCCAAGCUGCGUCCUACUGCCAAAGAGUUCGUAUUUAACACAGCGGCUCCUGUAUGGACGCCCUCGUUUGUGGCGUCACCGCCGCCCGCUCCUGUCGCCCCUGCCGCUCCUCCCGCCCCUGCCGCUCCUCCCGCGCCUGCCGCGAAGAAGAGCCAGCUCAAACUCACAGCCAAGCCCUUCGUGCCGUCUUUUAUGGCCCCAGCGUUCGUGCCUGCAUCGCUGAAGACGCCCGAAGUGGAGAACGUGGAGACGGUCAAGGAGACGGAAGUGACGACGCCCACGUCAGAGCCUGUGUCGACACCUGCGACGUCAGCGGCUUCUUCCAAUGCGUCGGAGCCUGAGACGGAGAAGGAGGAGAAGCUCGAGGAGGCCUCGGAGCGAGAGGAGAAGCAGAAACAGGACGUGGAUGUCCAGGAGGUCGUCGAGGAAGCGACCGCCGAGCCUGAGGCCGAGAAACCCGAGGUUGUGGCCGAGCAGGCGGUGAUCGGAGCGCGUAUUAUCUACACUAUCAAGCAGCUGCUAGAGAUGGAGCCGGACGUGGAGCUGUGCGUCAUCCCGGAGCGUGUCAAGGGUAUGGUGAUCGCUGCCGACAAGACCACGAAGGCGCUAUCGGCCCCUGCGCCUGAAGUCCCGGGUAAAGGCAUGCGUCGUAAUGACUCGUCUCGCUCUCUGGGGCGUCACGGCAGCAGCGGCAACUUCAGUGAAGGACGCGGACGUCGGGAACGUGGCGGUGGACGUGGAGGACGCGGCGGACGUGGCCAUCACGACACUGCACCCGCACUGGAAGACUGCGCGCCUCUGGAUAUCAACGAGGAGACGCGCUGGAAGCCUUCGCACGCCAAGUCGCGUCUGGACGAUCCUGUGGAGACCGCCGAGGCGUCUCUGAAGGAAGCCAAGUCGAUUCUGAACAAGCUGUCGAUUGAGAAGUUCGACAAGCUGUCGGAUCAGCUGAUUGAGGUGGCUGUGCGAGGCUUGGAGGUGCUCAAGGGCGUGAUCGAGAUGGUGAUUGCCAAGGCGCAGAUGGAGUGGCACUUCGCCACCAUGUACGCGGAGCUGUGCGCCAAGAUCGCGCAGACGGCCAUGCCGGCGAUCACUCUGGAGGAGGGACAAGUGGCGACGGACACGCAUAAACUGUUCCGGAAGCUGCUGCUGCAACGCUGUCAGAAGGAGUUCGAGGCCAAGCCGGAGCUCGAAGGGCUAGAGACGCUAUCCGAAAACGAGCGACGCGAGAAGGAGCUCAUCAUGAAGCGCGCGUCGCUGGGCCACAUCCGCUUCGUGGGCGAGCUCUUCAAGCAGCGGAUGCUGAGCUCGCGCAUCAUGCACGAGUGCGUCGGCAUCCUGUUUGGAGACACCGCAGCGCCUGACGAGGAAUCGCUCGAGUGUCUGUGCAACUUGCUGAGUACCAUCGGCCGGGCGCUUGAAGCCAAUGCGAGAGAGAAGGCCGAGUUGAACCACAUCAACGGAUACUACGCGACUAUCAAGAAGCUCAGUGGCGAGUCCACGCUGUUGUGUACGCGUGUGCGCUUCAUGCUGCAGGAUCUGCUGGAGCUGCGCACAAACCGCUGGGUGGCUCGUCGUAAGGAGACGAAGGCCAUGACGAUCGCUGAGGUGCACGCGGAAGUCGCUCGCGAGGCCAAGGAGAAGGAACGAUCCAGUACCACCAAGUCUGGCGGCCACGCGCGUCUACAGCGCAGUCAGUCGAUGAACUUCACUGGCUCCGCGGGCUCGAACGACCGCCGACGUGGCAGUGGCGGAGGCGCGUCGGCGGCCUGGAAGGCUCGCACGUCGGCGUCUUCUACAGCUCCGUCUAGCGCCCCCACAGUGGACGCUGAUGGCUGGGAGACGGUGACGGGUGGAGCACGUCCCAAGGGGCUGAAGCACCGCAGUAACUCGGACCGCUUCCCAUCGCCCGCGUCCUCGGGUGGACUGCCUCGUCACCCAAGCGGCACUCGCUUGAGUAGCAACAACACGUUCGCGUCUCUGAGCGGCAAGGACGCCACACGCAAGGAGCGCGGCCGCAGCAACAGCUCGUCGUCAUCGUCUUCGCGCUCUUCGCGCGGACGGGAAGACGCUGGACGUCCACCGACGCCCUCAUCCACCAAGUCGAGCAAUGACCGCUCUGACAAGCCUGAGAAAACUGCGGAGACGGAGACUGCAGCCCCGACACUGACGGCUGAGGCGUUCGAGAAGAAGGUGAAGGCUAUUCUGGACGAGUAUGUGGAGCUGGAGGAUUUGGAGGAGGCGCACGCGAGCUUCACGGAGCUCAACGCGUCGAGCCACUACGCUCUGAUCCCCAACAAGGUGCUGAAUAUUGGUCUAGAAAAGGGCGACAAGGAGCGCGAGGCCAUUGCGAGCUUCCUGGCUGGUCUGUAUGACCGCAAGGUGGUGACGAGUGCAGCUCUGGAGAGCGCGCUGCAGGACGUGCUCGAGUUCGCCGAGGACAUCGAGAUCGACAUCCCCAAGACGCUCCCGUACUUGAGCGAGAUGGUGGCGCCGUCGGUGGUGGCGGGCAGCAUCACGAUCCCGCAGCUUGUGACGAUGACGGAGCAUCUGCGCUACAACGGCAAGGCCGCCAAGCUCAUCGGAGCGACGCUGGCGGCUGUGGUGUCGUGCGAGGACGAAGCGAAGGUGCAGGAGCUGCUGGCCGCGGAAAGCGUCGACUUCAUGGCGCUGCUGGCCGAGGCGAACCGCAACGAGGAGGCCGUGCAGACCUUCUACCAGGACUACGCGCUGGGGUUCCUCAUGUAA